CGUUCCGUGGUUGUGUUUUAAUACUCACCACGAUACAAGCGCAGCCACUCUGUGCAUAUCGAUACUACGUGUUCGUUGAGAAACGAAUGUUGUCGAUGUCAACAUAGAAACGAAAUCAUGAUAGUGAUAAGUGAUAAACUAAACUAAGCCAACGCUCUUGAUAUUAUACAUCUGGGGGGUAAAAUUCGUUAAUUUUCUGUGUUCAUAGCUGUCGACGCACGGAGGACUUGUAGCUGUCAUUCCUUUUUGUGUCACAGCCCAGCUAUGGCUGAAGAAAGAGAGGGAGGUUGGUUGGAUUCAUGGUAUAAGGCUGCAAAGAAUAAGUCUGUUGAGGUCCUGCAGUUUGUGAAACGUGACCUGGAUGAAUUUUCUACCGCAGUUAAGAGUGAGGCUAGUAAUGUUGUCAGUUCUACAACAUCAGCUCUGAAGGACAAAUUAAGACUAGACGAACCAGAAUCAACGGCAAACACUAUGAAGAGGAGUGUAUCAUCAUUUUUUGGGCAGGUCAGCAGUGUACUGAACCCAUCACCUGAAGAUGAGGAUGAAGAGGCAAUUGUCAUUCAUGACUCCCAACCUGUAGUGCUCACAAAAUACCAGAUGCUGCAGCGUGCGCUCGUCGCCAAUCCUGACACAUUCCUGUUUGAUCCAGAUAAGAAAUAUGAACAGCAGUAUGAAGCUUGGUUAGAAAUUAUUGAAGAUCAGCUGACUGCAGACAGACUGUCAAAAAUGAUGACUGCUAACCCAGAUUUACAUUCCCAGUACACAGCUUUGGUCCCAGAUCAGGUAUCACACCUAGAAUUCUGGCAGCGUUAUUUAUUCCGUAAAGCAUUACUGGAAGAUGAAGAAGCUAGAAAGGAGGCUACGGAACGAAGAGCUGAGAAGGAGAGACAGGUGGCUGAGAAUUUUCAGUGGGAACAAGAUGACUUUGGUACCAACAUCGAAUUGACUGAAGAGGAACAAACAAGACUGUUGCUCGAAUAUGAAAGGGAAUGUGAGAGCAAGAAAUUACUGCGAAGUAACUCAGAAAGGAACAGUAGGGAAGAUGCUAUGAUGUCAGCAUGUGGUGUAAGAGGCAAUCAGCACUCCUCUUUCAUCUGUGAGAGCAGAUCGGAACCAUCCAUAGCAUCUAAGAUGGACGGUUGUCAGAUGACCACAAGUGAUAAAGCAACCAGCAAACAAGAAAACUUGAACAGAGAUGGGCAAAAAGGAGAACUUAUGACAGGCGAUGAAUCAGUUCUCUUUAAAACAAAGGAGAAGAAGGAUAUGGUUAUUGUCACUGAUGGAAAUAGCUGUCACACCUCGUCCAGCUCAGGCGACAAAGAAAGCAAUUAUGAUGACUGGGAACGAGAAUUUGACCUAGAAGACGCAGAAGUGGACACAUUGACUGAACAGCUAACUGAUAUAGCAAAAGCAUAAUGACCCUGAAUGAGUGACUUGGUUACUGUUACACUGUAAUUGGAAUAAAAGCUCAUGCAGUUGAUGCAUUACUGUUGUUUUAAGGUAUGGCCCACAGAUUGUUUGAAGGACCAAGUAUCACGCAAGGUAGAUGGGUUAUUUGCUCUUUCGUCUUAUGUGGUAUAAAUAUUGAAUACUUUGUGCCUGGCCUGUCCUGACAGUAGGCAAGAUGCAAUUUAGAAUGGAGAGAAAAGUUUUGUUGGACACAAAUGUUACGAAGUUAGUGCAGUCUCUCUUCUAUUGGCCUAAAGCCUUUUCUGUUAUGAAGCAGAAAUUAACCACAUAGAAAUGCGAAACAUUAUUAACUGAUGUAAUUUAGUAAUAAACUCCACUACCCGUCAUUAACUUACCAGAUUUGUUCAGAUUGACAUACUGAUUUGAUAUUAUCACUUUUGAAUGACAUGGUGUAAACUUGUAGCCUUUACGUUCUUCAAGAGAAUAAAUUAAUUUAGCCAUAUUUGUAGAAAAUGGAUUUUAAUGUAAAAGAAAUGACAGUGGACUUGAAUGACCUUGAAAUAAUAGCCAAAAUACAGUGUUUUUUCCCCUCCUCCCCGUUCUUGAAUUUGACUGUCUGUUCUCCACCAGUCUCCUGGUAUCAUGCCUUAACACCAGCAACGUAUUCACAAACUUCUCAUUGAGUAAUUUUCGGAUUUUUUAAUACUGGUCCAGUGUUUUAUAUCAUCAUCAGUGUUAAACUGUCUGUCAGUAACAGUUGGAAAUGGACGCAUUAUGACUAAUUUUUUGUCUUCACACUCCCUUUCCCAAGAAUUUAGAAUCGCACAAUUCUACUUUAUAUAGAAGUUGCAUUCUGUGUUGUAUUUUCUUCUUUAUUUUUCAAUAACUUUCUAAUGUCAUUGUUUAAUAAGAUUUCCAAAUUUAUAUCGAUUUGAAAUUGAAAUUUAAGUCAGAUGUUAGUAAUCUUUUAUGUACAGCUUAGCAUGUGUCACUUUCAAGAUGAAUGUGAUUGGAUGAUCAUUUUGACUUUACAUAUUUUUUAUCUACUGUAAGUAAGAGAGUCAAUAAAACUUUAUUUCUGAAGAAUA